AUGAACGUCUACGAGUUCUCCGAAUUUCACGGCGUAGCGCUGUGCCGCAUCGCGCUUUGCCUCGGAUGCCCGCGACUUCUCCCUGCACCUCGGGGGUUUUCGUGCGCCGUUCCGGAUGGGUUCUGGCAUCGCAGAGCGCGCACCGUUGCCGAAUAUCGCGUUGGAGGUGCCAGUGCGCGGCCCGUAAACGCGUGUGUGUGUCGUAGGAUAAUUAUCGCGGUUGUGUUUGUUAUCAUUAUUGUUGUUGUUGUUCUACGAUCUGCAGAGGUGCCGUUGCCGCGAUCUUCGAUUUUCGGAAUCAAGAGGAGGCCUGUCUUCACCAUUGGCCUCCACAACUACGUGGGCCGACCGAAUGGGAUCCUUAACUUCUUGGAGAUAGUCGGCGGCCUCUACCUGUACGUGCUGGCGUCGGCCAUCCCUGGGGAUUCGAAGGCGGUGCGUCUUCUGUCGAGCUCGGCAUUCACGUUCAGCUUCAACAGCGUCUGCAUGUUGGUGGCCAGCAUGUCCAGCCCCGAGUGCGCCUUUUACCUGCCGCGCACGCUUUACUACGUCGCCUUCCAAGGGCUGGGCGCCUUCUGCUACGUCAUCGGCGCCUUCUUUACCAUGCAAGGCAGUCAACAAGUACCGGUCUAUUCGAUGAUCGGCUACUGCGUCGGAGGACUGCACACCUUGCACUGUGUCUACGCCUACUACAAGGUGUACAUCCAGAGAGGAGAUACCGGUUGGUUCUGAGGAGUCUGCACCGUCGAAAGCCCAGCUGGCUGUGUUGCAAAGCGUCAUCUGUACUUUUUAAUAUAAUCUUUUUUUUGCGCGCAUGCAUUGUAAGGUUAAUCUGCGCACCACCGCGCUGAUACUUCGUCGCCGAAGAAUCUCUGUGGUUCGAUCGUAAAUACAAGUUCCCUGUUCAGAAAACAGCCCAUUGAGGGACGGCGUGGCUCUAUUGUUAAACCGGUGACGCCGGACUGGUCGGUGGAAAAGUGAAUUGCUUAGCUCUGCUUCAAUGCAGCGUACCACUAACAUAAAUAAACCUCUACCUGAUGCUUUGUCGCGAGUCAAAAUUUGAUUAUAGCGAAGUUUUUGAUCUUACUGUAGGUUGAGCAACCAGCAAAUAGGGGUCUUUCAGUAACGGAGUGACUGGCUUUUGACUGACUUAUUGUAUGGCUAGCUGUGGCUACCUGUGGUUCGCUGGUGGCUGGCUGGGUGGCUCAACGGGCAGGGCUGAGCU